AUGGCGACAACAGCAGCCAUGCAUCCUCAGACACACCUGGGCAGUGCGGACCAUGAGCCGAAGCUUGUCAAUAGGCUGCGGGACAGCAGGUCGCCUUACGUCAGAGCUCACAUGAACAAUCCGGUCGCUUGGCAAUUAUGGGACGCAGAGGCCAUCGCAUUAGCCAGACGGUAUAACCGACUCAUCUUUUUGAGCAUCGGUUAUUCAGCGUGUCACUGGUGCCAUGUCAUGGAAAAGGAAUCGUUCAUGUCGCAAGAAGUAGCGUCGUUGCUGAACGAAUCCUUCAUUCCGAUCAAAGUCGACAGAGAAGAGAGACCUGAUAUCGACGACGUUUAUAUGAAUUACGUCCAAGCUACGACCGGCUCUGGUGGCUGGCCUUUGAGUGUAUUUCUGACGCCAAAUCUUGAGCCUGUAUUUGGUGGCACCUAUUGGCCUGGCCCGAACUCAUCAACACUCUCCAGACAGGACACAGUUGGAUUUGUGGAUAUCCUGGAGAAACUGCGAGAUGUGUGGAAGACUCAGCAGCAACGAUGCCUCGAUAGUGCUAAAGAGAUCACGCGACAGCUGAGGGAGUUCGCCGAGGAAGGAACACAUUCCCAACAAGGCGAUCGGCAGGCGGAUGAGGAUCUGGACAUCGAGCUUCUGGAGGAGGCAUAUCAGCAUUUCGCCUCGCGAUAUGACACUGUAAACGGAGGCUUUUCGCGGGCGCCCAAAUUUCCCACGCCUGCCAACUUAAGCUUCCUCCUGCGCCUGAAGACAUACCCAAGCGCCGUGUCGGAUAUUGUAGGACAAGAGGAGUGUGACAAGGCAGCUGCCAUGGCAGUGAGCACUCUCAUUAGUAUGGCGCGCGGAGGAAUCAGGGAUCACAUCGGCCAUGGUUUCGCGCGAUACAGCGUGACCUCGGAUUGGAGUCUACCCCAUUUUGAAAAGAUGCUUUACGACCAAGCUCAGCUUCUCGAUGUAUACGUCGACGCGUUCAAAAUCACACAUAAUCCUGAACUCUUGGGUGCUGUAUAUGACCUUGCCACAUAUCUCACCACCGCCCCAAUUCAGUCGCCUGUGGGUGCUUUUCACUCAUCUGAGGACGCAGAUAGUCUGCCAACGCCUAACGACACGGAAAAGCGCGAAGGUGCCUUUUAUGUCUGGACUUUGAAGGAACUCACGCAAGUUCUCGGCCAACGAGAUGCUGGUGUUUGUGCUCGACAUUGGGGUGUGCUUCCUGAUGGUAACGUUGCCCCCGAACACGAUCCGCACGAUGAAUUCAUGAAUCAAAACGUGCUUUCCAUCAAGGUCACUCCGAGCAAGCUCGCAAGAGAAUUUGGGUUGAGCGAGGAGGAGGUCGUGAAGAUCAUCAAGUCAGCAAAACAGAAACUACGUGAAUACCGUGAGACGACCCGGGUGCGUCCUGAUUUGGAUGACAAGGUUAUUGUGGCUUGGAACGGGCUUGCCAUCGGCGCGCUCGCCAAAUGCAGUUCCUUGUUCGAAGAGAUCGAAAGCUCAAAAGCUGUGCAGUGCCGCGAGGCAGCAGCACGAGCGAUCAACUUCAUCAAGGAGAACUUGUUUGAGAAGGCGACGGGCCAGCUCUGGCGUAUCUAUCGCGAUGGUAGCAGGGGAGAAACCCCUGGCUUUGCAGACGACUACGCAUAUCUCAUCCACGGUCUGUUGGAUAUGUAUGAAGCUACUUACGACGACAGUUAUCUACAACUCGCGGAGCAGCUGCAGAAAUAUCUCAACGAUAACUUCCUUGCCUACGUAGGCUCGACGCCAGCGGGUUACUACAGCACACCUUCCACCAUGACACCGGGCAUGCCGGGUCCUCUUCUUCGUCUGAAAACUGGAACCGAGUCAGCCACACCAUCCGUCAAUGGGGUUAUCGCUCGUAACCUGCUCCGUCUCUCGGCACUGUUAGAGGAUGAAGAGUACCGUACACUGGCCCGCCAGACAUGCCACUCCUUCUCCGUGGAGAUCCUGCAGCAUCCUUUCCUGUUUGUUGGCCUUCUUGAUGUCAUUGUCGGACUCCAGACGACAACGCGGAGCGUAACGGGUGUCUUCUGUACUGCAAAACUUCCUCACAGCGUUACUUCAGAAGGGUCUGGUAGGCUUAUCAACAAGCCAGAUGAGCCCGUGUCGGUCCGGGAUAUGAUUGUCAAAAAGAUCCGUAGCGAGGCUGGGUCGACGAUGGUCACAUCGGCUACGGUAACAUCACUAGUCGACAUCAGGCCAUCCCAUCUUGGUGACUUUGUUGGCAACCAAUCUUUCUGGCUCAGGACUCGAAACCCACUAUUCAAAGAGCUCAAGCCGUCAGAGCCGGCGAAGAAUUAUCUGAUGAUCUGCGAGAGCGGCAGAUGCAGAAUGGUUGACGUCUAA